CAGAUUUUAGUAGGACAAAGUAGAAUUAAAACAUGUGCAAAAGUACAAACUUCAUGCACCCAGUAGUGCUGGUUCCCUUUUUGUAGUCACACAUAGAAAUCACACCUACUCAGACCGCAGUUAACCACAUGCUCUCUGCUGUUGUAAUGGACUGCAUUAAUCUUGAGAAUCGGAAAUCUUACAUGAAAUGAACCUUUGUGACAUCCUUGGCUAUUUAAACACCACUCCAUAAAAUCCUGGGCAGAGUAUUAAAGUGUAAGUGAUUUAUAAACUUCCUUGUUCAAAGGGAACUAACCACCUCACAGCCACGCCUUCUAUACAAAGUCUUAUUGACGACACAGUUGGCCUGAAGCUGGAUCCAGGAGGAAACAGACAUGCACUGCUGCAUUUAACAUCAUACGACUGCACUCACACAGACCGCACACCAUGAAUAUCUCUAUUCCCUCCAUCCUGUUCGGUCUGGGAGGAAAAUGUCUGCUAAACUGGACCCUCGUGUUUCUUCAGAUUAACCACAUCUCCAGAAGCUUCCUGGGAGUUUUUAGCAUUUCUCUUGCUGUCAUCGACACAGCCCUGGUCCUCUUUGUCACCACCCUUCAUGUCCUCGCUGAUGGAUACGUCUUCCUCCUGGGCUUGCUGCUGACCAGGUAUCACGUAUGCUUGCUGGUUCAAAUCCUCGGACAAGUCUACAGCGCACUGCAGUGGCCUGUUGUAGUCGUAGCUGCUUUGGAUCAUUUCUGUACUGUUACUCAGAGGUUGCGACCCACCGCCGCCAGGACCAGAUGGUUUGUUUACGUCUUUGUUACCGUCUUCACGUGGUACCUCACUGCCCUCUACGUCUUCCUGCUGUCUGACUUCUUGCCUGUCUUGGAUGAUGUGUCUCACAGCCAGAUUAACCACUGCUGGGUCUUCCACACCUCUCAGAUCCUGCAGGUUGUCACGUUGCUCCUGCUCACCCUGGGAUGUGCAGCGUUAGGCGCUGAGUGCAGCACACGGUUAUUAAAAAAUCCUCCUGUGAAAUACCAAACUGCAGACCUAAGUAGCACUCACUCCAGAGUAAGUGUUGUUCACCAAGCCGUGCGUAUGCUCCUGAACACAUGGGCCCUGUUCUUGAUUUUUAUGGUUGUGCUCCUCCUGCUACCUGUGGGAAUACCUGCAUGCUUGGGUCUGAACGCUGCCUGGCUCUGCUUCCUCAACAGCCUUCUGAUAGCAGUCGUUUUAUGUGUAGUCUGUCCAGCCUCGCAGCUAGCGCAGGGCUUGGCAGCGCUUCCUCCCGACAGCUUCUGUGAGUGGAGAUUUAAAUUUAGCUUGGCUGCAGAGGACAGAACAUGACUGCACCAAGCAAAUACACUCAGGACUCGUGGUAGAAGAAGUGGGAUUGGCUGCUGAAACUUGAAUGUCUCAUUGGAAGAAAAUUAUUUUCAUGAUCAUGUUUUUGUUUUCUUUUCUUUUUUAAGCCAGGUUGGCUUUAUGAAUGGCAAUUUGAGCUUUGGCCCAGACCAAAAUCACCAAUGGAUAGACUGUCAUGACGUUUGGAACUAACAUUCAUGGUCUGUGGAGAAUUAAAACUAAUGACUUCAGUGCUCCCCUGACUUUUCAUCGCCACCAGAGCAAAUGUGAAAUAAAUCAACAUGUCAAAGGUAGGUAGGUAGAACAUUUGGUAGACAGUUAUGGUUUCUCAAUGAUGAAUCUUACUGACUUUUAUGGACUAUAAUAAACUUUGUUGAGCCCAUGAGUUGAGUUGAGUUGACCG